AUAAAGCAGCAGCCUGUCCUGGUGAGGGAUAGUCACGCUCGCAACCUACAGACCAAGUGAGCCCGGGGCCCUCAGCCCAGCCCCAGUUGCCGGACAGGACCUAGCACCUCUCCCUGAGACAAUGACUAUGUUUGAAAAUGUCACUCGGUCCCUGACCAGACAGCUAAACCCCCGAGGGGACCUGACACCCCUUGACAGCCUCAUAGACUUCAAGCGCUUCCACCCCUUCUGCCUGGUGCUGAGGAAGAGGAAGAGCACGCUCUUUUGGGGUGCCCGGUAUGUGCGCACUGACUACACCCUCCUGGAUGUGCUGGAACCUGGCAGCUCACCUUCAGAUCCAACAGAUUCUGGGAACUUUGCCUUUAAGAACAUGCUGGAUGCCCGAGUGGAGGGACAGGUGGAUGUGCCGAAGACAGUCAAGGUGACAGGGACUGCAGGGCUGUCUCGAAGCAGCACUCUGGAGGUGCAGACACUCAGUGUGGCUCCCAAGGCCCUGGAGACCUUGCAGAAGGAGAGGAAGCUGGGAGCAGAGUGCCCGUUCCUUAAGGAGAUGCGAGAUCGAGGAGAGAACCUGUAUGUGGUGAUGGAAGUGGUGGAGACCGUACAGGAGGUCACUCUGGAGAGAGCUGGCAAGGCAGAGGGUGUCUUCUCCCUCCCAUUCUUCGCCCCACUGGGGCUACAGGGAUCCAUAAACCACAAGGAAGCUGUGACCAUCCCCAAGGGCUGCAUCCUGGCCUUUCGAGUGAGACAGCUGAUGGUCAAAGGCAAAAAUGAGUGGGAAAUUCCACAUAUCUGCAACGAGGACAUGCAAACCUUCCCUCGCGGAGAAAAGCCAGAAGAGGAGAAGUUCGCCCUCAUCCAGGCAGCUGAUGUUGGGGAGGCCCAUGAGGACUUCGGGACACUGAAAGAAGAGAUUCAUCGAGAGAUCCAAGAAGUGGAGAAGCUGAACCAUGUGGGACAAAGGUCUCUGCUCACCUCCCUCAGCAAACUUCUAGGAAAGAAAAAGGAACUACAAGACCUGGAACUCACGCUUGAAGGGGCUCUAGACAAAGGACAUGAAGUGACACUGGAGGCACUCCCAAAAGACGUCCUAAUAUCAAAGGAGGUUAUGGGCGCCAUCCUCUAUUUCCUUGGCGCCCUAACAGAGUUAAGUGAAGCCCAACAGAAGCUGCUGAUAAAAUCCAUGGAGAAAAAGAUUCUACCUGUGCAACUAAAGCUUGUGGAGAGUAUAAUGGAACAGAGUUUCCUACAGGAUAAAGAAGGUGUUUUCCCCCUGCAACCUGACCUGCUCUCCUCCCUUGGAGAAGAGGAACUGACCUUCACAGAAGCCCUAGUGGGACUGAGUGGCCUGGAAGUGCAGAGAUCGGGCCCCCAGUACAUGUGGGACCCAGACACCCUCCCUCACCUCUGUGCCCUUUACGCUGGCCUCUCCUUCCUGCAGCUGCUGACCAAGGCCCCCUAACUUGCCCUUUCCAUCUGCUUCCUGCUUCCCUAAUGCCUUCCCUACCUCACUGUGCUAUGUCCUUAACAACAAAGGGCAUUUCAGAGCCGCCAGGCUGAGGGUGAUGGAAACCCUAGCUGAUCCCCCAAGAUAACCAAUUUCCACUUGUCCAACUCUGUAUCUCCCCCCACCCCUGCAGCUCUGCAAGCCGCUAAGCCCAUCUGCUGAUGCUUAA